CAUGUAUUUCUUAUGGAGUCAGCUGAGACUUUCAUAGCCCUGUCUAUGGUGUGUGUAUUCAUAGCGAAUGUUCUGUGGUAUUCACAUUCACAGAGUUGUACUGUGGAAGUGUAAAUGAAAACGCGACUGACGCGACUUGUGUCCUUGUUGUGUACGGUUGUGGGUUGUGGUAAUUUAGGUUAUGUUUAUGCGUUUUAUUCCGUAACAUUUUUUUGUGAAUAGUCAGUAACAGUGUAGCUUUAAGAUGGUUAUUGAAAAUAAACGUCGAGCUGAAGAAUCAGCUCUGGUUCCAGUCAUCAAAAAAGCCAGGAAUGAAGUGGCAACGUCCAAUAAAAACAAAUCUGUCUUGCAAGCGGCCCCAGCAAGGACUUCAAACUUGUUUGCACCAAUUAUGCUCCUGGAAGGACACGAGGGCGAAAUCUUUUCUGUUGAGUUCCAUCCAGACGGACAGUAUUUGGCUUCAUCAGGCUUCGAUAGGAGGAUAUUUAUAUGGAGCGUUUACGGCGAAUGCGAAAACUUGUCUGUAAUGAGUGGUCACACAGGGGCUAUAAUGGAACUGCAUUUCACACCUGAUGGAAGUAACAUUUUCACAGCAAGCACUGACCAUACUUUGGGUUUGUGGGAUCUACCAACGGGUCAACGGAUUAAAAAAUACAAAGGUCACACCACUUUUGUUAAUUCAGUACAAGGAGCGAGACGAGGUCCACAGCUAAUGGUAUCAGGCAGCGAUGAUACAACAGUCAAACUAUGGGACAUUCGUAAAAAACAAGCAAUUACUACAUUCAAUUCCAACUAUCAGGUAGUUGCUGUUGAGUUUAAUGAUACAGCGGAACAAAUUUUCAGUGCAGGAAUUGAUAAUGACAUCAAAGUUUGGGACAUACGGAAUCAUGAAAUUAUUUAUACUUUAAAAGGGCACACGGAUACAGUCACUGGACUGUCAUUGAGUCCUGAUGGGUCAUACUUACUUUCGAAUUCUAUGGAUAAUAGUUUGAGAAUAUGGGAUGUAAGACCAUAUGCGCCACAAGAAAGAUGUGUUAAAGUAUUUACAGGACACCAGCAUAAUUUUGAGAAAAACCUUUUGAGGUGUUCGUGGUCUAAAGAUGGUUCAAAAGUUAGUGCAGGAUCGGCUGAUAGAUUUUUGUAUAUUUGGGACACUACGUCUAGGAGGAUAGUUUAUAAACUGCCUGGACAUAAUGGAAGUGUUAACGACGUGGAUUUCCAUCCUACUGAACCCAUCGUUGUGUCAGGAGCUAGUGACAAACAAAUUUAUUUAGGUGAAAUAGAUUAAUUUUUUAUGAUUAUGAAGUGGCUCAUUCAUUCAUUAAAAAAUUGAAUAAUAAUUUUCCUACUUUUGUCUUGGAUUUGUAAGUUUGUAAAAAUAAUACAUAUAUUAGUAAAAUAAUGAUCCCAAAA